CACCAGACCGGCGUACACCGACUGGGCGGGGCUGGGACUGCCGGUUCCACGUCAUCAGAGGAAUGUGGAGCCAUCCGCGUGACCUCCGCCCGGGCGGGGGUUGGCUGUCGAGCGUCACGUGGGACAUGAGCGCAACGGACUCCGCCCACGCGACCCGACUUCCCCCCUCCGCCACGUCCCGGUGUCCAAAGCGAAGGCCUCCGGAAACGAGUAGGCGGGGCCAGGGCCCGUUCCGGUACCGGGAUUGGUCGAAGGCACAGCCAGCGGGAUGAGCUCCCAUUGGACGGUCGCCUGUCAUUCGCGCUCAAGCCCCACCCCCGCCUUUACGCCGCACUCGGCCAAAAACCUUUGGCGGAUCCGCCGGAGAUCGAUCGGCGAUCGGGGAUCGAUCGAUUAGUAAAUUGCUUGGUCCACGUGGACCAUUGAGCGGGAUGUCCCGGCUGCUGGAAGGAAGGAACAAAGACAAGAUGAAAGAACUGAACGGAAAGAACAAAGAGAAGGAGCGAGUGAAGGAGCGAGAGAAGGAGGCCCGCUCCAACAAAGGUCACCUGUUUACGUCCCUCACCGUCUCGUCCACCACUUUGUGCUCGUCAUGCAACAGAAGCAUCACCGCCAAGGAGGCCCUCAGCUGCCCAGGCUGCAACGUGACCAUUCACAACCGCUGCCGCGACAGUUUGGCGAGCUGUGCCAAGAUGAAGCAGAAGCAGCAGAAGCUGGCGAUGGCGAGGAACAGUUCGGCCCUUCAGAACGUUGCUCUGCGCACAAAAACCCCGAUGAUGAAGGAGCGUCCCAGUUCGGCCAUCUACCCGUCGGACAGCCUCCGCCAGUCUCUGCUGGGUUCCCGACGGGUCCGCUCGGGCCUCUCGCUGGCGAAGAGCGUCUCCACCAACAACAUCGCCGGGGUGAGCGAGGACGCAGUCGGGCUCAGGAGAAUUCUGUCUCAGUCCACCGAGUCGCUGAACUUUCGGAGCAGGACUUUGUCCAUGGAGUCGCUCACUGACGACGGAGACUGGUGGUGGAGCCCCCUGCUCGACGAGCUGCAGGCGGAGGGCCGCAGCCUCCAGGCUGACAGUUGGAGUCUGGUCGUGGAGCCCAAAUUCCUGCAGACGCUGCACAAAGACCUCAUUAAACAGCAGGACGUCAUCUACGAGUUAAUCCAGACCGAAUUUCACCACGUCCGGACCCUGCGGAUCAUGGAGGGCGUGUACAGGCGCGGCAUGCUGGAGGAGGUGAUGCUGGAGGCCGGAGUGGUUCACACUAUUUUCCCGUGUCUGGACCAGCUGUUGGAGCUCCACACCCCCUUCCUAGCUCAGCUUGUGGCCCGCAGGAAGCAGGGCACCGCCGAGGGCAGCAACGCCAAUUUCAUCGUCCCAAAUAUCGGAGAGCUGCUGCUCGCGCAGUUCUCUGGUCAGUCUGCCGACGACAUGAAGAAGGUUUACUCGGAAUUUUGCAGUCGUCACCCAAAAGCUGUGAAACUCUACAAAGAUGUUUUAACUCGUGACAGAAGACUGCAGCACUUCAUCAGACGCGCCUGCCGCGGUCCUCUGCUUCGCCGUCAUGGCGUCCAGGAGUGCAUCCUGUUGGUCACGCAGAGGAUCACCAAAUAUCCCGUUCUCGUCCAGAGGAUUCUCGACAACACCAAAGGCAACGAGGAUGAGGCGCGAGCCCUCAGCCGAGCAUUGAGCCUCCUUAAGGAGCUGAUAAGCUCAGUGGACCGAGAGGUUCUGGAGCUGGACCGGACCAGGAGGCUGCAGGAGGUCCAAGCCCGACUGGACCCCCGUGCUCAAGCCGAGGUUCGCGGCGGCGGCGUGUUCCGAGGGGGAGAACUUCUGCGAAGGAAGCUCCUCCAUGAAGGGAUGCUCCUUUGGAAGGUCCAAAACUCCAGGAUGAAAGACGUUCACGUCCUGUUGAUGUCGGACAUCUUGGUUUUUCUUCAGGAGAAAGACCAGAAGUUCACCUUUGCGUCCUUCGACAAAUCUCCGGUGGUCUCUCUGACCAACCUGAUCGUCAGAGAUAUAGCCAAUCAGGAGCGAGGAAUGUAUCUGAUUAGCGACUCCACCCCCCCGGAAAUGUAUGAGCUGCACGCAUCCUCCAAAGAUGCCCGGCGCACUUGGAUGAACACGAUACAACAGGCCUCGCUCAGUUGCCCCUCCAGAAAAGAAUUCCCUUUGAUCGAAACAGAAGACAAAGCUUUAUUGCGACGUAUUAAAGCGGACAUCUUGCAGAAGGAUCGCGAGGUGUUGGAGCUCCUGCAGGAGCGCGUGACUUUGUUUUCGGAGCUGGCGCAGGCGACGGGAAGAAGCGGCGCGGGAGAUGGCGCUCCGGAAGGCGGCGGCGGCGGGCCCUCAAGACCCUCUGACAACAGGAAGCUGUUCCGGGCGGACGGCGCUCACGCUCAGGCGCCGCCUGCUGAGCCGCUGCUCGCUGGCGCCAUCUGUGAAGUGGAUAAACUGAGCCAUUUGCUGGCGGGAUGCAACAUCACCAAAGCGUCCGUCGCCAACUGCAAUCAGGAGCUGAGCAAUGGCGAACCCAGGACGAUCAACGCUUCUUUAGAGCUCAACUCUUCAAAGGACACAAAUGGGAACCAGCUGCAGGAGGCGAGCGCCACCUUGAAGGAGGAAGUGCGUACGUGUCUGGUCAGUGCGAGCGCGCAGCUUCACGCUCUUCAGGCCGCCGUCAUUCGUCAGGACACGGCGGUGGAACUGUUCGUCAGGACCGGCGCCCCCUCGGGGCCCGCCUCCUGGCCCCGCCUCAGCCGCUCGGUGUCCCGGGACACGGGUUUGGACGACGGCGGCGCUCCUGAGGCGGCGCUCCUGAGGCGGCAGGUGGAGCUUCUGCAGGAGGAAGUGACGCGACUGCGCGGCAGAGAGGAGGAGCUUGGCAGACAGGAACCAGAGCCGGUCGGCAGGAGGAGGAGCAACGGAGACCGGAGUGACGUCAACAAGGGAGAAUCGGUCCGGAGGAGGCGGGGCAGUCGAGAGCUUGAGCUCCACCCCCUCGCUCCACUGGCCACUCACGACCCUCUCGACCAAUUAGACGGUGUUCAGGAAGCCAACGAGGAGGAAGACCAACAAGUGGUGAAGAUUUCUCCUCGUUCUGACAGCCCCAGAGACCUGCAGGACAUCCCAGAGGAGAGCGAGUGUGGAACUGAUCCCAGUUAAUGUUUCCUCGUCACGUCACUGGUUAACACAAGGGAAUUGGUGCGUAAAUUAUGUCAUUUCCUGCUCCGAAAGGACUUUUUCCAAAUAUUGCUGUCGAACUUGAAACAGGAAGCGCAUAGGAAUGGGUGGAGCUUGUGAUAUGUAUAAACACAGAUAUGAAUAGAAGGCGCAAUACGGCAGCGCCUUCAAACCACCCGGCGAAGCAACGUGCGUACAUGACGGCCACGUUGGUGGGGGCAAUGUUCCCGUUCAAAGCAUUGCAUUCACUUUGAAAAUAAAUCAUACCUUCCUCAUUUCCCAAACGAUUUACAAGACAUUUAUUGUUGGGGGUUCAACAUCAAACCAUGUGCUAAUGUUCCAGCACAGUAUAAAAAAAAAAAAAAAAAAAAAAAAAAAAGUACUCUUACCAAUGAUGGACUCCUUUCAAGGAUUGUAUAAACAACCCAAGGAAAAGAAACUGACUUAUGAUUGGGUGGUUUUGUGUAUAAGUGUAUGCAGCGCAAUGUGAAGGCAUCCUUGGUAUUUUGGUUCAUGUGUCAUCUAUAAAGAUGGAACGCUGACAAUUUGCCCCCACUAGCUUUAGCGUUGCCUAUUUACCUACUGUUCAUAUGUGUUUGUAAAGGCAACUAAGAGACUUGAGUACACUACCCACAAUGCCUUUACCCAACAUCUUUAUGACUAUUUAUUUGUUACCUUGGAAAGGCUCCAGCAUUCUUGCGACCCUUGUGAGGAUAAGCGGCUUGGAAAAUGGUUGGGUGCUAGUAAAAAAACCUUCCAUCCACCUUUUAACGACUGAUCAUAACAAAGAGGGAAACUGUUAGCAAGUUAGUUAAUCGUCGACUUCUUCAAAAUGGAUGGCAGGAAACAUUUGGAGACACUUCCUGUGUGUCACACGCAGAGUUGCGGAUUCGGUUCACAUGAUUUGGACUCAAGUCAGGAAUUUGAUGACUUCAUACUCGACAAGAUGUAAAAAAAAAAUUCAACUUGGACAGCAAUGACUUGUGUGCGUGUGUUCGCUUGGACUUGAACCCGUCGACUUGAAGAAAGAAAUCGCUACAUUGACCAAAGCACUGAGAAACCAACACUUUGAGGUGUACACUUCAUAUAGCUAUAUGUGCAACUUAUUGUUUUACAACAAGAAAUUGUGGUAGGUGACAACGUAAUGCCGAAGGUCUGAGAGGUUACAUACUGUACUAGGUAAAAGUGUCCCACCCCCUUAUUGCUAAUUUGUAGUUAGUUCUCAAUUAUGUUUUAAUAGUUAACGCCUUGUUGGGCAUGCUCUGGUAUAGGAAUCAACCAAGAGGUCAUAUUUUAGACACUACCUAUAAUAAAGUAAUGGUUUCGCAAAAAAAAAAAAAAAAAACCAAAACAGUACAAAAUAAAUUAACAAUCAAUGUGAAAGCUAAAUAAUACAAACGUUCCAAGAACUGGUGUUAGCAUUCACAGAAAUUACGACAACUAACGUAACAGGACGUUCAUUAUUGGAACAACAAAAAAUCGUGCGACUUGACGUCACAUAUGCUUGCUUUUCUUAGCAUUAGCUGCUAGCUUUGUAAUGACACGGCGGGCCGGCCGGGUGCUGUCCCAACUUCCUGUUCAUUACGCUCUGGUUUUCUCAGUGUAUUGUUCGAUGUCUUGUAUCUCUUUCUUUUUUUAAAACUUCACGUUAUUUAUCAAUCCUUUAGCAGACAGCGAGCAUCUAUUCGUCACGAAACUCCAUUCUUAGCCUCUUUUUGACAUUUUUAUGUUGUGCCCCCUCCUGUUCUGAUUGAGACAUCACAUUUGGAUAAAAUUGUACCUUUGAAAUAAGAUAGCAAACUUGAUGGCAAAUAUUACUCAGAAAGUCAGUUUCAAAUGAAUGCUUUAUGUUUUUGAAAUCCCAAGUUGAAACUGAAAUCUGUUUGAAAUUUCCUUGGUAGAUGUACAGGUUACACACAAGAAAAUGCAGUUUCCUGCCAUAUGCAUAAUUUAAGAGAAAUGCUGUUUUAAAAUUGAAUUUAAAUUAAAUUUAAAAUUAAAUCUUGAAUUAAAAGAGGAAACUAAUUGCUUAUCGAUGAUUACGCCAAGUGUCUUUUUUUGCUUGUGUAUAUUGUAAUUGUUCUUUAACCUACCAAAAUUAUAUUUAAUACUUAUUAUUUGGAAUGAAUUUUCAGUAAAAAUACUCAAUUCCUAAUUGCAGCGCUACUGAAUGCAAAUUCCUAUUUAUGACAAGUCUAUUCUUUAAGUCAUUUACGAAAUAAAGUAAGUCCAUCAUAGAAUAACUGAAAAUGUACAAUCGAUGGACUUUGAAGGGGCCAAAAAAUUUAAGCCCCCCCUUUGACAAAUGGCUGUGAGGACUGAAUAAUUUUGAUAAGCCCCCGAGUUUUCUCGUAAAAUUUCAAUGCACUUCUUUAUCACAUUUCUUUUGAUAAAUAUGGAUUUCCAAAUAUCUUAAAUAUAUAACAGCAGUAUAUGAUAUACAUAUGAAUAUUUAUUUUUUAUUUUUGGGGUUAAAGGACUAGAAACGCAAAGUGUAGGACUUGCGACUUGACUCUGGGCCUGCUUGUCUCGACUCGGACUAGACUCCGGACUCAAGGGCAAAGACUUGCGUGACUUGCAAAGUAAUAACUUUGUCCCCCUUCGCUCACGGGACCUGGCUGCUCUUCAUCUAUUCCUGUCCAUUUUUUGUUGUUGUUGUUCUCAGGAGAACUUUUGUUGUUUGUCCAUAAUUUUCGAAGAAGAAACGUGUUCACGAAUUGUGCUGUAAAGUCUUUAUAAAUCUACUAAGCUGGUCAUUACUGCUGCAUGUUCCAUUAAAAGUGACUUUUCAUCGGCAUGAAUACUUUGUAAACUGUUUAAGAAAUGCAAACUAUGUAAUUAAAGGACUACAUUAGGCCAUGGCAA